CCCACCCCUGCCCUGACCGUCUCCGCCAGCCCCGCAGGGCCCUGCUGUCCCGGAGCGGCGUCGAGAUGCAGCGGCGGCUCUGGCUCCUGCUGGCCGCGCAGCUAGCAGCUCUCCACGGCAGCUCAGUCCUCCGGCAGACCCCUGGGCCCAUAACAGUGCAGACCAACCAAACAGUGGUGCUGUUUUGUGAAACUAACACAUUGCCCAGCAAUAUGCGCAUCUACUGGCUGAGACAGCGCCAGGCCCUGAGCAGUAACAGUCACCACGAGUUCCUGGCCCUCUGGGAUGCCAUAAAAAAGACUGUGCAUGGUGAAGACGUGAAACAGGAAAAACUAACUGUGUUUCGGGAUGGGACCCGGUUCUUUCUCAAUCUCACAAGUGUGAAUCCUGCGGACAGCGGUGUCUACUUCUGCAUGGUCAUCCAGAGCCCCCAGCUGAUCUUCGGGAAGGGAACUCGGCUGAAUGUGGUUGAUGUACUUCCCACCACUGCCCAGCCCACCAAGAAGUCCACCACCAAGAAGAAAGUGUGCCGGUCCCCCAACCCGGUGAUCCAACAGCGCCCACCUUGUGGCCUUCUCACCCUCAGCCUACUGGUGGCCGGUGUCCUGGUUCUGCUGGUGUCCCUGGGUGUGGCUGUCCACCUGCACUGCCGACAGAGGCGAGCCCAGCUUCGCUUCUUGAAACAGUUUUACAAAUGAAUGGAGAAUACAGUUUUGGUGUCCUGCUACAAACAGACAUUGGUCAGCAAUGAACAAGAUCUGGAAACAUGAGAGAAGGGACACAUUCAGCGUGGAGAUUUCACUGGCUGCUGGAGCUGCCUGCUUUUAACUGCUGCAAGUCCUUCUUGUGGGCCACGUCCAUGGGAGCAACUUGGUAAUGGGUCAUGGGAAUCUUCCAGAGAAGGCCUCAGAGCCCCCAGGGUACUUCACAGAAUAUGCUGGAGGACCAAGGAGGAAAUGCUGCCAUGAUACCACUUCCAGCUCCUGGGCUGGGCUGAGACCUUUGGUAUCUUUGAGUUGUUUUGCCUUAGUAAGGCAGUGACAUUGGGUCCCAGAAUGGUGCUGGGGUGGCCCCUGCUUGGUCUUGCUAGGCUGAAGCUGACUUUCCUCACAGAGAAGCCAGACCCAGGUUAGAAAUGAGGCUUCCUGAGAGGGGCUACCCAGCUCGCAGCAACCGUGAUCGUCUCUGAGAAAUUCACUUUGUUUCCUAUUAGGAAAUUUCUCAACUUUCACUUCUGCUCUCCCAUGGCUUGCACAGUUCUCUUACUUUCUGUUCUUUUUAUGAAAAUGCCUUGGUUCCCUAAAUAAAGUCCU